AUGAUUAUUUUAAGUAGAUCUCAAAGUUAUGAAAUCUUCCCAAACUCUGAUAUCCUAAUAUAUUUUUGUCAACAUGUUCGUUCAAUAUCGGAUUUCCAAGAGGUAUACAAAAGGUUUGUCAAGUGUUUUACAGCUCGUUCAGUGGAUUUUCUUUUUGUAAAAUGUGAACCAACGAUAAUCAAAUUUAUCUUUGACAACAAUCUACCUUUUGGCAAACAAGCAUUGUUCAGUGCAGUAUCAAAUGGUCACAUGACAACAGUGCAGAGAAUACAUGCGAAAUAUCAAUAUACAAAAUCAGUGUGGUCCAAAGCAAUGUUGAUGGCAACCGAGAGGAACAAUAACCGAGUACAAGUAGACAGGUACUGGACAGCAAAGUUAGUCGAUGCUUUUGCAGCGCAUGGGAAUCUACCGGUGAUCGAAAUGAUCUUCAAUAAAAUGGAUGGCUUAUUUUUCGAAAGUGUAUAUCUAAAUAAACAUAUUAUCUGUACAAUUUGUUAUAAUAAUUAA